AUGCCCACUAUCGAUCACGUCAGCUACGAGACCCCAGCAUCGGCAUCAUUCUCACGGAGCCGACAACAACGCCCCACAGCGAUCGCCCUCCCGACGGUUCAGGACGGCCAAGAGCUUGACGGAUACGCGUCCUCACUCUCUAGCGGGGUAUCCACCAUGUACCUCCUCACCCCCAACGCGGUCGAGGAGCCCCUCUCGGCUACCCCUUCACCCCUCUCCUCCCCGGCCGAUGGGCCGUACCGUCAGCCCCACACCCAGAUGGCAUCAGUCUUCAACCCCGAGCUGUACCACACACCCGCCCAACCCGGAUACGCAUUCCCUCCACCAACAACUACUUAUCCUAUGGCCCCGCGUCAACCCAACCUUCUGCGACGCGCGUCGAUCGCGGUCGAUCCAUCCUACCGCUACCCCUCCUCUUCCUCCUCCCGCAAAGCAUCUACAUCAUCCGCUUCGGGCUCCUCCAAGCCCGCCGUACCCCUCUCGGUCCAGGAGCAAGAAGCCCUCCCAUCCUGGCGUCGCGACUUUGACAAGAUCUCGGAUGCCCAGACCAAGACGCGGUGGGGUAAGGAGCUCUACGCCGACUUCCAGGCGGGUCGGAUACCGAUGACGGGUCGGGUCGCCCAGGAUAUCAUCGACUGGACCACCUGUGUCGCCAAAGUAGGAGGGGAGAUUGAUGCCGAGGCGACGGCCAAGUUGCUGGUGGCCGCUCAGGAGCGCAAGGCGGAGUUGCAGACCAGCGCGAUGAAGUUGAAGAGUGCCUUGGCGGAUAAGGAGCCUCCACGUCGUCAGAACAAGUUCAUCUGUUACCGAUCUCUCCGGUCAUCACAGCUCGCUUCCCACUUUACCAGCUUCAAGCAGAGCCAGUUCUCGGCCAUCACGUCGCUUGAGUGGAAGGAGGUCGACACUGACUGGUGGGGAGAAGUCGCCAACCGGGUCGAGGACGUCCGCCGCGCCAAGUACAACGGUCAGCUCGAUACCAAGGGCAACCCUCUCCGUCGCGGCUCGAUCGACAGCCAGGCCGAGACCGCUUCCCACACACCCAAACUGAGGAAGACCAAGUCGUCGGCCAAGCUCUCGCGGACCCCUCUUUCCCGCUUCGACCCCUACAGUACCCCGCUCAUGCGCCCCACCGCGUCGCGUAUGGUAUCGUACCAGGCUGCUUCGCUCAGCCCGCCCGUCCCCGCCGUCCACCGCCACUCCAUCGACAUGGGCGUAGUAUCGGGCAUGCAGUACUCUGGGUCAGACGAGUCAGCAUUGGGCUUGUACCAGCCCGAAGCUCCCGCCCCGCUCUCCUUCCCUACCCUCACUGCCAUUCCCCAGUCGCCCGUCACCUACAUGCCCAGCGCGUCGACCUACACCCCUGCGCCCGCGCCGCCAGCCGACCACUCGUACUUCUCCGAGCCAUUCCCGUAUUCGGCCCACCUUUCCCCCACCACCCCCUUUGGGGCCGUGCCAUACUCGUCCCCUCCCUCACAUCUCCGCACACCCUUCACCACCACCCCACUCUACCCCAAUCCUCCGUACUACCCUCAAUCGUACGACCUCCCUCCUGCCCAGCCCCACGUAUACGUCGCUCAGCCAUGGACACCGCACGGCCGAGGUGGGACCAACGAGCUCAUGGAGAUGUACACGGUCGCGCAGGACUAUGUGCCGGUCGAGGGCCACCACGCGUCGGCGCAGGCACCGUGCUGCAUGGCCGCACCGGGGCGGAAGCGAAGGGGCGAAGGGGCGAGGGGGCUGGGGGACAUGGGCGAGCUGGAGACCGAGGAGGACUUGUUGGCGCCGCUUGUUCUGGACAGUUCCCACUUUCUUUCUCCUAUAGCGUAG